UCUUCUCUCAUGGUUUCCUCUAGGAUUCAGUGAACAAACAUGUCCAUGUUUCAUGUCCAGAGAGAAGACUUUUAGAUUCUUUUAGAUAUUUCUGUCUGAAAUCUUGCCAGAUGCGGUGGUGGUCAAGGGAUGUACCAAUCUUGGAAGUUGGGCAAUCAUUGGAUGCUGGAGCACAAUAAGGAGAAUUCAAGAAUGUUGAAGAGAAGCAUCAAAGCAACUACUUGAUUAUUGUGCCAACUAAUAGAAUGAUUGUUCUCUUGCCCUGGAAAUGAAGUGACUACCUUGUUGCUAUAGAUGUAGGGCAGAAGAUCAAUGGUGUGGGCAGCAUGGAGCUAAUGAACGGGCAGUCGACCAAUGUUAAUUUUGCUGCUACUGCUUCAGAGAAGAGUAGCAGCUCUGAAUCCUUAAGUGAUAAAGGCUCUGCUGAACUGAAGAAAAGCUUUGAUGCAGUGGUAUUUGAUGUUCUGAAGGUCACACCAGAAGAAUAUGCUGGUCAGAUAACACUAAUGGAUGUCCCAGUAUUUAAAGCUAUUCAGCCAGAGGAAUUGUCAAGUUGUGGGUGGAAUAAGAAAGAGAAGUACAGUUCUGCACCAAAUGCAGUUGCAUUCACAAGAAGGUUCAAUCAUGUGAGUUUCUGGGUGGUUAGAGAGAUUCUUCAUGCACAAACUUUAAAAAUAAGAGCUGAAGUUUUGAGCCACUAUAUUAAAACUGCUAAGAAACUUUAUGAGCUGAAUAACCUGCAUGCCCUUAUGGCAGUGGUGUCUGGAUUGCAAAGUGCCCCCAUCUUCAGGUUGACUAAAACUUGGGCGUUAUUGAGCCGAAAAGACAAAACAACCUUUGAAAAGUUGGAGUACGUUAUGAGUAAAGAAGAUAAUUACAAACGACUUAGAGACUAUAUCAACAGCUUGAAGAUGACUCCUUGUAUUCCUUAUUUAGGUAUUUAUCUCUCGGACCUGACGUAUAUUGACUCCGCAUACCCAUCUACAGGGAGCAUUCUGGAAAGCGAGCAGAGAUCAAAUUUAAUGAACAACAUACUUAGAAUAAUCUCAGAUUUUCAGCAGUCCUGUGAAUAUGAUAUUCCUCUGUUGCCUCAUGUUCAAAAAUACUUGAACUCAGUUCAAUACAUAGAAGAGCUACAAAAGUUUGUUGAAGAUGACAAUUACAAGCUUUCAUUAAAGAUAGAGCCAGGAACCAGCACCCCACGUUCUGCUGCGUCCAGAGAAGAUUUAGUAGGUUCUGAAGUGGGAGCAUCUCCACAAAGUACACGGAAAAAUGCUGCAGCUGAAGGAGCAUUGCUACCACCCACUCCCCCAUCACCUAGGAACCUGUUACCACAUGGGCAUAGGAAAUGUCACAGCUUGGGAUACAAUUUCAUACAUAAAAUGAAUACAGCAGAGUUUAAAAGUGCAACAUUCCCCAACGCAGGACCAAGACACCUAUUGGACGACAGUGUCAUGGAACCUCAUGCCCCAUCCAGAGGGCAAGCAGAGAGUUCCACCCUUUCUAGUGGAAUUUCAAUAGGUAGCAGUGAUGGUUCAGAACUUAGUGAAGAGACUUCAUGGCCAGCAUUUGAAAGGAACAGAUUAUACCAUUCUCUCGGUCCGGUGACAAGAGUGGCACGAAAUGGCUAUCGAGGCCACAUGAAGGCCAGCAGUUCUGCAGAAUCUGAAGAUUUGGCUGUUCAUUUGUAUCCAGGAGCAGUUACUAUUCAAGGUGUUCUCAGAAGGAAGACUUUAUUGAAAGAAGGCAAAAAGCCUACAGUAGCAUCCUGGACAAAAUAUUGGGCAGCACUGUGUGGAACCCAGCUUUUUUACUAUGCCGCAAAGUCUCUGAAGGCUACAGAGAGAAAACAUUUCAAAUCUACACCAAGUAAAAAUGUGUCAGUGGUAGGAUGGAUGGUGAUGAUGGCUGAUGACCCAGAACAUCCUGAUCUCUUCUUGCUGACUGAUUCUGAGAAGGGAAAUUCAUACAAGUUUCAAGCUGGUAACAGAAUGAAUGCAAUGCUGUGGUUCAAACAUCUCAGCGCUGCCUGCCAAAGCAACAGACAACAGGUUCCUGCCAACUUGAUGACUUUUGAGUAAAAAAAAAAAAAAAAAACUAAUUCAAAA